AUGAUGAAAGGUUUGAUAAUCCAAAAUCUGCCAGUUGCGGAGGAGAACAUGUCUAAUUUGACUUCUGCAUCUGGUGAAGCAAGUGUUUCUUCAGGCAACAGAGCUGAAAAUGAUAGCAACUAUCCACAACAGCACUUUGCUCCAACAAAUCAAACUCAACCUGUGAAGAAGAAGAGAAAUCUACCAGGAAACCCAGACCCGGAUGCAGAAGUUAUAGCUUUGUCACCCAAGACUCUCAUGGCAACCAACAGAUUUGUGUGUGAAAUCUGUAACAAAGGGUUUCAGAGAGAUCAGAAUCUUCAACUUCACAGAAGAGGGCAUAAUUUGCCAUGGAAGCUCAAGCAGAGAACAAGCAAAGAGGUGAGGAAGAAGGUGUAUGUAUGCCCAGAACCCAAUUGUGUGCACCAUGAUCCAUCAAGGGCUCUUGGGGACCUCACAGGAAUCAAGAAGCACUUUUGCAGAAAGCAUGGUGAGAAGAAGUGGAAAUGUGACAAAUGCUCAAAGAGGUAUGCAGUUCAAUCAGAUUGGAAAGCUCACUCCAAGACCUGUGGCACAAGAGAAUACAGAUGUGACUGUGGAACCCUUUUCUCAAGGAGGGAUAGUUUCAUCACUCACAGAGCCUUCUGUGAUGCUCUAGCGGAAGAGAGUGCAAGGGCAAUCACUGGGAAUCCACUUCUCUCCUCUCAAGCUGGUACUUCAACAGCACAUAUAAACCUCCAUCUUCAACCACAGUUCAACAGCCAUGAAUUCCAUGCUUUCUCCAUGAAAAAAGAGCAACAAAACUUUAGUCUAAGGCCUGAGAUACCACCAUGGCUAGCUUGCCCACCAAUAAUAGGAACCGGUCCUGGCCCACCAUCCAUUGACCUCACCUCCUCAAUCUUCUCUAGCAGAUUAGAUCAUCGAGAAUUUCCACAGACCCAUGACUUAGCAGUCCAAGAGAACCAAAACCAAAACCCAAACCCUAAUCCUACUCUGGGACCCACCCUUCCACACUAUCAUCCACCAACCUCUCCACAUAUGUCUGCAACUGCAUUGCUGCAAAAAGCAGCUCAGAUGGGUGCAACCAUGAGCGGCAAAGCUAGUUCAUCACCAGCCAUGCUUAGACCCCACCAAGCUCACGUGACUGUAGAGUCUGGUAAUAAUACAAGUGGGUUUGGUUUGAAUUUGUCCUCACGUGACCAGAUGACCACAGGUUUUGUCCAUGGCUUGACUUCAUUUGGGAACAAAGCUGCAGCCCCUUCUGGUAUGACAGAAGGUACAGGGCCACCUCCUACUCUUCUUCAAGACAUGGUUGUUUCUCUCUCCUCUGCAACUGGGUUUGAUGGGUCAACCUUUGAAGAUGCAUUUGGUGGUAUGUUGAAUCCAAAAGAAGAAAGCAACUUCCAUGAAACUCUCUCAAAGACAACGACCCAUCAUCUGAGUAGGUCUGAUGAAGGUGCUGGUAAUGGCGGUGGUGGAAAUGAUGGUAUGACAAGAGACUUCUUGGGUCUAAGACCGCUUUCUCAUAGUGACAUUAUGAGUAUGGCUGGUCUUGGUGACUGCAUGAACACCNCGGUGGUGGAAAUGAUGGUAUGA